GGGUCAAGUAGGGUGUGAUUGGUUUGAUUGAACUCGACCUACAAGUUUUUCGAUCUUUCUGUUGAUACAAUUUAUGAGUGAUAAAUUACUACGCCUUGAAGACCCAUUGCUCAACAAUACCUCUGUAUCCAUUAAUAAUGGAAAUAUUGUUAACGGUAGCUCUCCUUUGAAUCAGAAUUCCCACUAUUCGUCACGAAGUUAUUCUAACGACCAUGGUUCAGAAUCUGGAUUUUUGGAAGAUUGUGAUCGUGAUUUCCCCACAAAACCAGUAGUUACUAGACCUACACUAGCUGACAAGCGCAGCAGUACUGUAACUGGAAGUAGCAGCAGUGGCAUUGGUACUAUACCUGGGGGGUCUAUCCGAACUGGGUCCAGUUUCAUAACCUUAAGCUGCCAAGAAAAGGAAAAACGUUCACAUACUUCUCAUGACAGGGAAAAGCCACUGAAGAUGCCUGCCGUAACUCAAGGUCAUUCAAAUGAUAGUCAGAAUAAAUCUAAAGAAUUAUACCGUACUCAAGCAACUGAUUCACAAUUAAUGAGACGUAAAACUUAUGGCAAUUCACGUCCCGGCAGCCCUUCAGUUAGUACAGAUACCAACUCCGAAACUCAUGCUCCAAAUGAAAAUUAUAAUGACCAAUCUGCUUUAUCAAGGUCAAGAAAACGAGCAAGAAGUGAAGUCCCUAGAAUGGGAUCUACUGGUUCAAAUAAUUUAUCAUCGAAUCCUUUACUCAGAUCUGUUAAUGACGAUAAAGAAGACAGCGAAGAUGACGAACGAGUUGCUUUGAAUAAAAGUAAUUCGCGUUCAGAUAUUGACGAAGGCGGAUUUCAUAUUGGCAAUGAUUUCGAUGUAGGCAUUCGUGAUAGACAUCGCCGUCAAACAUACCAACUAAACAACCGCCAGAGGGACUCGUCUGUAGGUGGUUAUACACGAUCGUCUGUGGCGGGUACAUUACCUCGUCGCCAGCGUAUGACAGGUAGUUUAACUCGAGCUACUACUAUCAGUGGUGUUGACCCACAUGGAACUCUGAGAUCUGCAUGUAGACUUGCUCACUCUAUCCGUGCCGGUAUUAUUCCACCUCCACCAUCGGAACCUCCUCCUGCUACACCACUAUCUAGUUCACUAAUGUCCGAACUAGAAUCUAUUGGAUCCAAUCCAGUUUCUGGUCUAAUAAAUCCAUUCGCAUUACAGCUGCAUAAUUCACAACAACAACAACAGGCUUUAGCAGCAGCUGUUGCAGCAGCCAGUGGAUUUCCUCAAGUCCUAUCAGGUGUCAAUCAAAAUAAUUUAGCCAAUUCUUAUAUGUUCAAUCCUGCUUUAUUGAAUGCUGACACGAAUAAACUACUGCAAUUACAACAAGCUAAAUUAAUAGCUCAGCAUCAAGUUGGCUUAGUGGAACAACAAUUACGUCAACAACAACAGCAACAUCAGCAGCAACAACAACUUUUAGCCGCUGCAGCGGCUGCCAACAGUUUAAUGCAAAAUCCCACUAUAAAUGGUAACAAUCUAUCAAACGCCUCAUAUUUUCAAGGUUUCGGCACAUAUGGUCGUACAUCACGACCUGGUUCAACUAUCCCACCUUCUAUGCAGUCAUAUUUAUCCCCGGCAAAUUUAUUAGCUGUCCAGCAGCAGCAACAACAACAACAACAACAGCAGCAAAUAGAUGCAAAUCAAUUAUUACUAAACGAUGCAAAUGUCCAAAUGUCAAACUUGAAUUUUACCGGCUCUCCAUCUGUAAAUUUAUUGAAUUCAGAAUUGAAUGACUCAGCCGGUAUAAACAAAUCGUCCACGGACUGUGGCGGUGGAGGAGGAGGAGGGUCAGGUUCAGUAGUUUAUGAGAACUCCUACAGCCCAUUUAACAAACUUUUAACAAACAGUGUCCUGCCUGCCUCAUCUCUAUGUCAACCCAGUUUACAAUCAUUUAUGACUAGCAAUGCAUCGAAUCCAAAUGAUGCAAUUUAUUUAGGUACUUCACAAAAUGUCUCCAUCAUGAAUGGUACAAUUGGACAUGAUAAUAAUGUUGCUUCUCCACUUGUUCAAACAUUUAUAUCUUCCGUGCAACAAUCUCAACAACAGCAGGGUCGUUCCAAUAACCCCGGUUUAUUUGACUCUACUAGAAGUAUCGAACCAACAUAUUCCACUACGAAUGAUGCUUUACGCGGCAAAUCAAAAUCUCAUUCAGAUCCAGUGGUUGUAGUUGAAAGGAAAUCUAAACGUCAUUGUCCAUGGUAUUACUGGAUUAUUAGUAUACUGAUAUUAGCCUUCCUUCUUGCACUUGUACUAGCUGUAUCUUUUUCAGAAGAGAAAAAACGUUUAGACCAUCGGUUACAAGAACGAUUUGCCCAAGAUCCUGCGAUUAUAGGUCUUUUUAAUCCGAACUCACCUCCAUAUAUUUUAGAACCAAAUAAACCUGUAAAUAUUGUUCUAGAGCCACUGAAAUCAUGGUCAGGUCAAUGGCAUAUGCCUACAGCACGUUACAUACGCUACAAUAUUACAGUAUCUUCGUUAGCCUCAUCGAUUGGUGUCUUUAUGCGUCAUAACACAAUGCCAACCAUUGUACACUACGAUAUAUUUGACAGAAUAACUGGGCAUAAUUUAUUAGCAAAUUCUGGUCGUCAAGAGUUAGGUAGUCGUACAAAACGUGCUGUUCAAUCAACUAAUCGACAUUCAAAGCCUUUAAUUCAUUUAAGUUCAAAAGAUGAAGUACGUGAAACUGGACGUUUGCAUUACUUAGAUGAAGGAAUAUGGUUUCUGGCGCUGGUGAACGAUCAGCCCAGGCGGGAACCGAUCACAUUCGCUAUCGGUGAUGCAGUGAUGCGACGAGGUUGUCCAAACGAUUGCAGUAAUCGCGGUGUAUGUGAUGGUGGUGUUUGCGACUGUGUGAAUGGAUUUAAAGGUCCAGAUUGUUCAAUCGCUGAGCUACCAAAAGUUUGCAGUGGGCAUGGUGAUUAUGCAUCUGGUGCUUGUCGAUGUUAUCCUGAAUGGAAAGGUCAAGAAUGUCAGACAUUGUGGUCUGAAUGUGAAGAUCCCACCUGUUCAGGUAAUGGUCGUUGUGUUGUUGGUGAAUGUCAGUGUUAUGAAGGUUAUGCAGGCAAUUUAUGCCAGACACGUACGUGUAUCUCUUCCAAUUGCUCUGGACAUGGAGUUUGUAUAGAUGGAAAUUGUCGUUGCUUCAAUGGUUGGUCUGGUAUUGGUUGUGAACUACCUGUACCUAAUCAUUUAAUAAAUUCUGAAUUGAUUCAUCCAUCUAAUGGACUGUCUACUACUAGUAAUAUUGCUAGUGGAAAUAAUCACAACAACAAUAAAAUAUCGAACCGAUUAAUGAUGAAAUCAAUGUCUUCUCCUUCUUCGUCGUCAGUAAUGGCUAUGGGCUUAUCAUCUGCACCAGUUAGAUUGCUGUUGGACGCAGCACCAGAACAAGAAUGCACACUCGACUGUGGCUCUCAUGGUGUCUGUGAAUACAUAAACGACUAUGAUCAACCUGUAUGCCGAUGCUUUUCUGGUUGGACUGGUUCCGGAUGUAACACAAAACGAUGCGAUAAUCGAUGUUUUAUAAAUGGACAUUGUGCUAAUGGUAUAUGCAAUUGUAAAGUUGGUUGGAAUGGGAAACAUUGUACAUUAGAUGGUUGCCCAGAUCAUUGUAAUGGACAUGGUCAAUGCAUCAGAAAUCCAACGUCCAAUGCUUAUUAUUGUCAAUGUUCUUCCGGUUGGUCAGGUAGCGCGUGUCAACGUCAAAUUGAAACAAUAUGUGAUGAUGAGAUAGAUAAUGAUCAUGAUGGUCUUGUUGACUGUUUAGACCCUGACUGCUGUACAUCGACACAUUGUGACAGACUUAUCAAACUCGGUCCAACCGCCGGUGGUUUAGCUGCUGAUAACGCUCAACAAAGUUGUGCACAUAGUGAAUCGUUUGAUUAUUAUUUAUUGAUUACGCCUAUUGCACCACUGGACAGUGCAUUUUAUGGUCAGCUAGAAUUCCUUCUAAGACGUGAACGUAUUGUUGUAGAGAACUUCGAUCCAAGACGUAUUUCUGUUGUUCAUGGUGUGGUUCGUCAGUGGGAUGGAACUGUAUUUUGGGGUUGUCGUGUAUCUGAUCGGGCUAAUAUGCAGAAUGGAUAUACACUGACUGAUAAGAAUGGAAGAUUUGACUUACCAGUUGAUGGGGGAACAAUUGUUCAGUUAGAAUUUCUACGUUAUCCAACUGAUCAAUUUUCAGCCAUACACAAUUUGUAUGUACCUGUUAAUCAAAUUGUCAAUAUGGGUGAUUUUUACAUGUUUGAUGCCAAACAAUUAUCAAAUAAUGAUAUUAUUCCCAUAAUGACAGCAAAAAGUACUAUGUCAGGUGAUUUUGGCGGUACACUCAGUCCAUCACCAAUACACGGGGAUCUAUGGAUUAUGAACAGUUUGUUGCCUAAGUUCUCAGAUAAAAAUACAAUCGUAGAAAAUUUAUGUACUAGUGGGCAUGUACAUGACAUAGUUACACUUGGCGGUCCUUAUAUACAAAGCAAUUCGUUAAUGGAUAUUUCAACUGUAUGCUUGGAUGAACAAAAUGUUAUAUGCUUCAGAAACGGAGCAUUGCUAUACAGUAUUCCAAUAAAGGAUACACAGUUACGGCUUAUGUAUCGUUCCGAUCGCACUUUCGGUUACAAACCUGGCAUGUCUAUUUAUCUGUUAGCAUCAAAUCGCGCCCCACCCUUGAAUUUAAAAGAGAUUCACCUUGUAAUUGAUAUUGCUGGUCAGCGUCACAUGAAAAUUCUGGAACCGGAACCCGGUUUACUAAACACCUUUUACUGGAAUAAAACAGAUGGUUACAAUCGCUCUGUUUAUGGUUUAGCUGAAGCUAAAGUAUCUGUUGGUUAUGUGUACACGACCUGUCCACGUAUAUUCUGGGAAUAUCGAGUUGUCCAACUACCGGGUAAUGAAUUGAUCAGUUCAGAUUUAGCUAAUUGGAAUUUGAAUAUUUUACAUACAUACUCGGUUGGCCAUGGGAUUAUUUAUCGCGGUGAUGGUUCACACCUCUACUUGAAACAAACAGAUUGGCAUAUUAGUUUAGUUAUUGGAUUAACUGAACAACGUCGACUACCGAACGACUGUAGUCAAUGUUCACUUAACGAUAAACCAACUCGAAAAUUACCCCUACGUAAUCCGUACUGUUUGCAAACUGAUUCAGUUGGCAAUCUUCUAAUUGGAGAUGGAGGAUUUUUACGUAUUUUAAAUUCAACUAAAUCCGCCGAAGACUACAAAUCUUCCUCACAAUCGUCGUCACUUUUCAGAUCUGAUUCACUAAAUACCCCACUUCAAGAACAAUUGAAGCGCAAUGAUCGUAGAAUGUGGGAAACAAUUAUUGAUUACAAGCUUGACUUUCUUCAGUCUAAUUUUGAUGAAGAUCAAUUGACGGGUUAUUUUAUUGCUGCUCAUCCAAAUUAUUUCUAUCGCACAGACGAUUAUUCCAUGUUGGGGAGUAAUGGAAAUGUUGGUGGAUUAGACUUCUCGACUGGAUUAUUUCUAUCACAUACAAGUAGUAAAAGUAUAUGGUGGCUAAAAACCACUCCGAAUUUAUUACCACAUUUACUUAUUGGAGAAAAUUGUGUUUCAUCCAGCUCUAAAUCUAACAGUAAUUCUGCAUCAUUGUCAUCAGCAGCAUUCAAUUCUCAAGAGUUCUGUGUUAAACAGAAUUUAAAAUCUCCUAAAGGAAUUGUCUCGACACAAACGGAAUUGUAUUUUAUUGAUUCGCAAUCUAUUUGGUCAUUGUCAUUACAACAAACUGGUUCUAAUAUGAUUCCAUCUUCUCGGCUCGUAGUUGGUAAUGAUCCAAACUAUUCAUCGAAUUCAAAGUCACCUGACACAUCGAAUUCAGGGACCAGUAUUCCAAAAACAAAUCCAUCUUCAUCAACACCACCUUGUGAUCGUUCGGUGCCAGGAAAUCAGAUGUUGCUAAAUAAUCCUGAACACUUAGUUUUUAGUUACUUGGAGCAAGCAUUAUACUUUUCAGAUAACAACCUUGUUUAUCGUUACCAUCUAUUUAGUCAAAUGGUAUCAUUAGCAGCUGGACGCCUUAAAGACUGUCCUAUUAAGACAGACGAUUGGAGUUUUGCUCCACUAGCAACACAAGUUGAAUUAGGUAAUAUUCGCGACCUCAGUGUUUCACCUCAGGGUGAUUUGUUUAUUGCAGGACCUCAGCAUGUAUGGAUUCGUCGGUCAAACGAUAAUCGCUUAUAUCCGGUAGCUGGGAUCCACCCUACUCAACACAAACAGUUCAAGGUAGAUGAUGUGAAAGAUUCAAAGAAACGUCAUUCUAGCACUGAUGAAAAUGCGAUGAUGGUUGAUUUAGGAUUAGUCAGUGAAUUUGCAUUUGACAGUAUCAGCAGUAUAGCUGUCAGUUUAUUUGGUGAAGUAUUUGUGGCCGAUAAUUCACAUAAUAGAGUAUAUCGUAUACACUAUCGAUUGCCAGAAAAGUCUGAAACAGGCAACACAUAUCGCAUACUUUACUCACAAACAGAUGAAAUCGAUUCAUUCGGUCCUUAUGGCCAAUUGAUUUCUACUGAGAGUGCUUCCACUCAAAUGAUAUCCCAUAGAUUGGAAUAUCGUAAUAAUGAAAUAAGUGGUUGGCUUUCACAAAUUCGUGGUGAUGAUCAUAGUAUUAAAUUAAGUAUACAUCGUGAUACACAUGGAAAUCUUUUACGCCUUCAAACGCCAACAGGUCGUCUGUACAAUGUGACACUAGAACCUGGUUCUGGACAACGUAUUAGUUCUCUUGUUGAUCCAAUUAACGGAGGUCUAUGGAGAUUUCAUUAUUCAUUCGAUGGUCUUUUAACUCACUUAAAAAGUCCACAGGACUCUUGUUAUACACAAUUUCACUAUGCUCCUGAAUCAGGUCGUUUGUUACACAUUACAUAUCCGAAUGCUAAAUCUAUUGAUGUAACUCGUAUUGUCAGGAGUCAGAUCCCUGUGAAUAUGAGAUCUCAAACACUGGAUGAAGUUUCGAAUCAAAAUACUACACCUAUAAGUUUAAGUGAUGCAGCAAACUCUUUCGAUCAGUUGUCCUCAGUAAUCAUGGUACAAACUACCGAAUCGAAUAAACAUGAAAUGGAAAUAGACUAUGGAGAUCCGAACAAUCUUUGGAAAGUUCGCCUAGCACAGACUUAUCAUAUUCAAAAGGAUCUAUAUGAACCGGUACAAUUGGUUCGACAAAUCACGAUUCCUGGAAAUAAUAUCAGGAAUGCUAUUGAGCAUACAGAUGUAUGGACGUAUCAUUUGAAUGAUCAAAACAAUCCAAAAAUACUUGGUACUGCUGAUACUUUAACAGAUAAUGGGGAAUAUUCCAAUUUCGGUAUCAACUUUGACAGAAAACCACAAGUUUAUCACUUUUUUAAGAAUCAUUUUCGACGCAGCAUUUCAGAACAAAAUUAUCAAUCUAGUUUAGAUUCACGUCUUUCUAAACGUCAAGUGUCCAAUCCUUACUAUAGAAGAUUUACUACUCGGUCUGAUUAUAACAAUAAUAACAAGAAUUAUGAUAAUCUUGAUGAAGAAGUAGACUGGCAUUAUCAGAAGACCCUGACAGUAAACGGACAAAAUCUACUCAAUGUAAAAUUUAAUUGGGCAUUACAAUUAGAAACUUAUCAACACGCUUCAACUGGACACAUUCUUUUACAAAUUGUCUAUAAUGCGAAUUUUCAACCGAUGAUUUUUAAUGCCUCUACAAAUUACUUACAGUCGGCAGGAACAAAUGAAAUGUCUUCUCCAACAAAAUCAGAUCAUAUGCGACCUGCUACAUUGACACUUGCAUACACAAAAACUGGACAUUUAAGUUCAGUUGAGUGGGGAAAUACAAGUUAUCAUUUUUCCUAUGACGUGUUGAAUCGAUUGAAAGCGGCCGAUUUGGGAAGACCUACAGAUCCUUUAUCAUUUCAAUAUGGAAUCCCAAAUAUUCCAUUCCAGCCAACCAUGGUUUCUGUUAGUGGAGCAGGUCUCUACACAUUACUUUAUUCUGACAGAUUUAUUGAUACCAAUGAACAUCAAGAGCCUACGCCAUUAUCAUCAUCAUUCUCAUUAUCAAAAUCGGACUAUGUCGGUCUCGCUGGAGUUAUCACGCCAACUGGUCUUAAACGUCAGUUCACUCGAAUCAAUGGAAUAAAAGUGAACCGUCUGAUGUUCACACCAUGGCUAGAUUCACCUGGUCCUUGGAUAUAUGAAUGGGGAAGUGAUGUUGGUGAUUCCAUGAAAUUCUCAUCAGAUCAUUCGCACUUGCUUCGUUUCAUAUGGCCAAGUAAUUAUAGGCGUAUAUCAAUAUUUCCUAAGCAAAAUUUCAUAAUUUACGAUAAAACAUCAAUUCGAUGGGAUUCUAAUGGACUGAAACAACCAAUUAGUGUAUUAAAUGCUCCACUUGUACAGUUAACUGAUACUGUAUCUGGUUUUCGGCUACAAUAUCAGCGUGUUUUUCAAGGAAACCUGUUACAAUCUUUACAUAUAAAUCACCGACUGCCAGGCAUAAAAGCUGCUCAUCCGAAUCUUGGAGGAAUUCUGAAUGCAAAGUUCACUUAUGGUUAUGACUUGAAUAUGAAUCUUGUCAGCAUUCAUACAUCGUUGUUUGUACGAACUGAUGAAGACGAUUUCGGCAAUACAAUUAAUCCUGAUGAUAAGACAGUAUUGAAUGAAGAAUCAACAACUCGAUUAGAUUCAUUGACUGGUCGUGUAUUAACCAUGAAUGAAUUUACUAUCAAUCAUCAAUCCUCUUCAUUACGUAUAACAUAUAAUUUAAAGAAUAUACAACUUUAUCGUCAAUGGGAUGAUCGUCAACGUAUUAUACAAUGUGUAUUGUAUGCACAUAAUAACAGACGUGAAUUGUUAUAUAACUUGUCAUUAUCAUAUCAACCAAACGCCUUACAAGCAUUACAACAACGUGAGGAACGUGAAGGUCAAGUACCACGAUGGAUCACGUUUAUACAUGGUCCAGGUGGACGUUUAGAAGCUGUGGAUCGUGAGGAAGCUGGCACAAGCUUAAGAUCACAUAGUCAGUUGAUUUACAAUGCUGAAGGACGAAUAGCACAUCUCCGUAUAGCUACAUCAGAUCCUCAGCUACCAUUGAAUGAUCGAUCGGAAUCUGGAUUAACAAGUCGUUCAGAAGAACUACAAUUCAUUUAUGACUCAAGAGGUUUAUUAGCGAGACGAGGCAAUUGGUACUAUAUUUUUGAUGAAGACGGUUUCCUGAUAAAACGUCAUUUACACAACCUUUAUAUUACAGAUCAAUUUGCUUACAAUAGUAAAGGAUUGUUGAUAUGGGCCGAGCGUACAAUUGAUAAAAGUGUUGAUUCAUCCUCCAUCAAUAAUUUUGCUUCAACAUCAUCGUCAUCAUCACCACUGGAUCAAUGGGCUUUAGAAGAUGAUGCAGGUUUAAAGCGGCCUUACUCAGUUCAAUUUAUUUAUGAUUCUGAAGAUCGAUUGAUAGUUGUGCGUGAUACUUUACUUGUACGAGAUUCAGUCCAAUAUUUCUACGCUGAUCCUAAACAUCCUACACAUGUAACGCAUAUUUUUAAUCACGGACGUUUGAAAACGAUCCGACUGUUAUAUGAUCCUAUACAUGGUCAUGUAUUCGCUUUAGAACAGUAUGAUAAUGGUGGUUUAAGUACAAAUAAUGAUAAAACAAACUAUCUAAAUUCUAAUAGUAUUCCAUCUCCAAUGAACUCAGUUGAUGAUAAUCAACUUCAUCAUGAUUCUUCUAAUUCGGCACAAAAACGUGUAUUUUUCAUAAUUACUAACCAUGAAGGUAGUCCAACUGCGGCAUUUUCUGAGAAUGGAAAAUUGGCAUGGGCUGCUGAAUAUUCCGCUACAGGAAGUCGACGUUUAACAUUAUCUAGCCGCAACAAUUUCUUCACACGUGCCCUUAUUGAAGAAGUUGAUUUACCACUGGGUCAGGCCUCGUGUAUUACUGAUUUCCAUACAGGAUUUCUUUUCUGUCCACCAAUUAAUCGUGCAUAUGAUCCUCUGGGUGCAACAUUUACCAGUCCGGAUUGGCGUGGCCUUGUUUCUACCCGACUUCCGAAUGUUAAACGUGAUCCAUCAGUAUUAGAUACUCAUAAAUGGGGUCUGACUGAACAAGAAGCGUUAGGAAUUGGCCCAAACGGUCUCUUUGCAGAACUUCGUAAAGCUAUGACAUCGCCUAGUUGGUGGCUUAGACGGGUUGGUUUCAAUGUGGACAAUUUUAUGAAAACGUUUGAUACGUAUGAAGGAAAUGUAGAUGACAGAAAAAAUUCACCGAAAAAUUCACUGCCUUUAUUUCCGAAUGAUAUGGCAUCCAUACACUCAUUUAGUCGCACUCAUAACCAAGGUUAUAAACAGCUAAAUAGCAAGUUUGAACAUCUUAGUAUGCUGAAGUCUAGUCAGUUGACUCCUGGUGGAUUACAUGGUAGUGGAUUAUCAAGCUUUCUUCUUGACUCAACAGAUGUUAAUGAUGAAAUAUCUUUGGCUCUGAUACCUUCAAACACAAUGUUUGGACCCGAAGUUGGUUUUGUAGUUGACGACGUCAAUGGACUCGUUAAAGUGAUCUUGAUCAAUCAAUCGCAACCAACUAAAACUCGCUUCCAGUCACCAAUCGACGGUUCACUGGGAGCAAAACUAGCCUCUAUACUUGUAUCAGAUACAAACCUUGUAGAUUGGUGGAGUUAUUCUAAAUCAUCCUUCUCCUCUUCCUCUCCAUCAUCAUCAUCGACAACAACAACACAAACAGCAGUACCACACCUCAGUAGUGCGCUGUUCAUUCAAUUAUUUCUAUCAACUAAAAAAGAUUUUCAUUCUACAGUUAAACAAUUAACUGCAUUAGGUUUACAAUUACCAAUGCAUGAUCAUGUUCAUGGCUUCAACUUAACAAUAAUGAAUACAAAUGAAAAAUACAAAGAAUUAUGGAUUACACGAUAUAAUUUACAAUGGAGAAUAAGAUUUUCCAAUUCGCAAUCUCCAUUAUCGCCAACAACAGCUUGGUCUGUGCUAGCUAGUUCAACGAUUGAUGACGCCAAGAAACGUGGUGAGACGUUAGCUUGGUCGAAUGAAGUCAAAUUAAUUCAGCAAUUCAUUUCUACACCCACAUCAAAAAUUGACCAUCUUAAUAUGAAUCAAAACGAUUUUGUCAAUGAUAAACUGACAUCAAAGUAUAUUUUGGGAUUUAAUUACCCAUGGAAUAGGCAUGAAAUCAAUGAACUGGUACAGAAUAACACUGUUACAAAUUUCCAUUGGAUCCCAACAAUAGAUUCUCUACAAUUCUCAUCUUCUCCCUCAUCUCCUGACAGUUCUGCUUUAUGCAGAUUAUAUGACCAUUCUAGCAUGUAUCAGAUACGACCAAAUGUAUUGAAUAAACACAAAGAAAAGGACUUGAAAAACUAAGCAGACAGUUUAUGCUUCACUGUAUAUUCUAAUCAAUACUUUUCAAGGCUGUAAGUUUAAAGCUUCACUGUUGGCCUUACCUUCACACCACAGUCUUCCAUUCCAAUUAAUAUGUAGCGCGAGAUUCAAAGAUAAAAUGUUGUGGUGGAAACUAACACUGUUAAUGCAAAGAAAUAUCUUGCAAUAAUUCUCUUGAUCAUAGUUACAAUCUCUCAUUUUGUGCGAGCAUUUAUUAUUCCACAACCUAUGUUCAACUAUUUCAUCGUCUUUCAUGAUUGUUUCUCCUUCUCCAAAAAUUAACAAUCUACCUAUAUAUAUAUAAUUUUGAAAGAGAAUUACAAAGUGACAGUUUACGAAACAAACAAAAUGCAACUACUAUCCACCCCUGGUAUCUUUAGCAUCAUCGUCUCUACCUGUGAAUUUGUUACUUAAUCAGUGCAAAUAUUUUCUUCUUCUUUAUAUAUAUUCCUUCUGCGCUGAAUGAAUGUGUUCGCUGUAACCACAACCCGUACUCAUAUAGUGUGUAUAUGCUUUUUUGUUCUGAAAAACCUUUUUUUUGAACAGCAACAAUGUUUUUAUUCAUAGUCAUAAUAACGAUGAUGAUGUUGUUGUUGCUGUCUCCAUGUUCUCCUGGCAUUCAUUCAUAGCCUAAAAAAAAUAAAAAGUUGUUUCCAGUGAUUUCAUUUCAUUGAGAUCUCUUGUUGUACAACUAGAGAGUUCUCUCUUUUAAUAGUUUUAGUAAUGCGCUGUGCUCUAUGAUGAACACGCAAUGCAAAUUGAUAUUUUUUUAUUGAAACAAUUGUCAUUAUAAUUAUUGGAAAAUUAAUUGAUUUAAUUUUAUUGUUAUUGUUUUAAUGACGGCAUUGUAUUUUAAUUAUUCACUGAAGUAGUAGUAUAUGUUGAUAUGCUAAAUUGUAUUCACUUGUUUUGUUUUGUUUGGUUUUUUUUAAUAAUUACCGACCCUUGGUAAAUAUCACAGAAAGCAGAAACAGAAUAUUUUCUCAUUGUUAAUAAUAAUAAUAUUGUGUACAGUGUUUUGUGCUUGGUCACCUUGUAAUUUCAAGUUAUUUUAUUGAGAUUACUUUACAUUUGAAUGAAUUUUAUGUAAACAAAAAAAAGAAAAAUCAUCUAGGUUUUCGCUUACGGAUUCAUACACAUUCGAGCACCACAGAUGUACACAUGCACGAUACACUAUAGUUGUAUAUAGAGGCUAUGGACAAUGUAAUAAGGAACUUGUUAUGUGGAGUUUUAUCAUGUUUUCUCGAUUUACAUUCUGUUGUUCUUGUGCUAUCGACUACUACUACUACUACUACUACUACCAGUACUACUCAGUAUACAUUACACAAAACUACAUAAGCAGGUAUGUUGUUAAAUGACUACUCUCUUCACUCAUUCAUCUUAUUCUUUCUGAUUUUUUUAUUUUGACAGUCUAUGAAUCCAGGUUUUCAAUUGUAUGAUUUCGAUAGUCGUUAUUUGUACUAAGUUUUUUUCUUUUUUCGUUUUUUUUUUGACUUUUUGCUUAUGCCUACGUACUUGAAUUAUUGAUUACAAAGAGGAUUACUCUAUUUUGUCAAUAUUAUUAUUAUUAUUAUUAUUAUUACAUUGUCACAAGACAGCAGAAUUAAAUAGUAAUGUAAUGUAAAAAGUACUCAUCUCAUGUGUAUAUGUUUUUUGUGUAAUUAGGUACAUACAUGUCUUCUCGAUUUGUGAAUCUAUCUGUACGGUCUGGUUAUCUUAUUUUACUAACCUAUAGUAUACAUGAAAUGUGUAUUUAGAAUAAGUAAGAUCUGCUGUUUUCGGCUUUUGCAGUCUUCUACCUCCUGCUUAUCUUUUUUUUCUUAUCGAAUUUACUUUUCUUAUUGAACAAACGCUAAUUCAUCGCAUCAUAUAUAAUAACAUUUUUAUCGAUGUACACUUUGUUGUAAUAAAUAUAGUCUGCAUGCACUACCAUUAUUAUUAUUAUUAUUAUACACCUUUUAAAAUACUGAAUUAUGAAUGAAUUAACAAUCAUCAUUUCAUUGUCUUAUUGGUUCUUCAUAUUUCUGCUUCUGUUUAUUUUUCAUGCUUGUCUUAGGAAACAAACAAAGAAAGAAUGGAAUUUUAGCUUGUAUGUAUAUCUUGUCUCUCUUAUUUUAAUGUUGGUUUCUAUUCUCUUUGUACUAUUUAUGCGUAUACACUGAUUUUCCGAUGAAUUAUUAUUACUGCUUAUGCAUAUAAACAAAAAAUGUUUUCUCAUUCAAAUAGAUUGCAUAAUUCGUUUGCCAAAUUCUAUCCAACGUGG